UCCCCUCCCAAGUCCAAACCCCUCUUCUUUCUCUCAUGCUUCCAUGGAUUCAGAUGUACUCUCUUCUUCUUCUUCAUCAACAUCAUCUUCUUCUUCUUCUUCUUCUAGCACUUCUCACCACUGUAGCCACGGUCAUUCUUUGGCUUCUGACAUGCCAAAGAAGAAAGCAGGCCGGAAGAAGUUCCAGGAGACGAGGCACCCUGUUUAUCGGGGUGUACGUCGGAGGAAAGGCGGGAAGUGGGUUUGUGAGAUACGUGAGCCCUUCAAGAAAACCCGUAUCUGGCUCGGCACUUACCAAUAUCUGGAGAUGGCUGCCCGUGCCUAUGAUGUUGCGGCCUUGGCUCUCAGGGGCAAGUCUGCCCUUCUCAACUUCGCCGACUCGGCAUGGUCGGUGCCUCGUUCAGAGUCCAAGUCUCCCAAGGACAUCCAGGCUGCUGCCAUGGCAGCAGCCGAGGCAUUUCGGCCAUCCGCCAGUAAGAAGAACAUGGUGCCGGAAACCAGCCACUGGUUCGAGCCACAAGCAGUUGCUCCCAAUUCCAGUGCAUUUGUGGAUGAGGAAGCCUUGUUCAACAUGCCGGCUCUGCUUGCUAGCAUGGCAGAAGGGUUGCUGCUAGCUCCACCAGCAUGUGUGCAAUCCGAUGAUUGGGAUGACACGGACGAUGUCGACAUGGAGAUAAAGUUGUGGAGUGACUAGUGGUACUGUUACUCAAGAGCACUACUUGAUGACUUGAUAUUCGGUCAGUUGGCGGGUCAGAUACGCAAACUCAUUUCUUUUAACUGCUGACCAGUGAGUGACCAUACAACAGGCGUGCUCACCAAUCCACGUUAUAUGUUGGUAGUCACCGACUUGUAUGUUUUGAAGGAAAGUUUGAGCUUUGUUUUCUCAGGCUAUGUUUACUUACCUUGAUCUGUAUACAAAUAUGGAAGACAUGGGCCAAGCGUGGCAUGUCAUGCCUUGUUCGAUUUUCGCUCAAAAUUUUGAGAAGGGUCGCUGCUAUUCUAAUCCGUGUUGAAUGAGCAGGUCUUCUUUUU